UUAAAUGUUUUCAUUAUUAAUUGAGAUUGCUAGUUUGUUUGUUAUAAAAGCCGAAUAGUGGAAGUGAAGCACAAGCACACCUGCUAUUGCUUUAUCUAUUUCUCACUUUGCUCCUUAUUUUUGUCAUUCGCAUUCUGUUUCUUUAUUGUAUUCUCAACUUAUAACUUUCAGUCUCCAUUAACUAUGGAUGGUGUACUACCGUCACUCGUUACUGAACUCUUGAAGCAGUUGGGUUCAUUCGCAGCCCAGCAGGCUCUACAGGAGCUACUGUUGCUUGUUGGAGUUGAUGAAGAAAUCGAAAAUCUUCAAUACAAUUUCAAAAUGGUCCAGGCGAUGCUCAACAAGUUCGAGGAAAGACGACUGAGGGAUGACGCUGUGAAGCUUUGGUAUGAUAAGCUCGAAGAUGCAUACUACAUGAUGGAUGACGUGUUGGACACCUGGGAAACUGCAAAGAUCAAAUUACAAAUUCAGAAAGAAGAAGAAGGAGAAAGAGCUGCUCAUAGUAACGCUCCUGCCCCCCUUGAGAAAAAAAUGAAGAAGGUAUGGUCCUUUUUCCCCUCCCCAUCAUGUUGCUGUCGUCAAGUUGACAAUGUUUCUGUUCGUCAUGAGAUUGGUCACAAGAUAAAAAAACUGAAUGAAACAUUAGCUAAUAUUCUCAAAGGCAAACAGGAGUUUGGGAUUGACUCGAAUAGUCAACCUGAAAGAGUUGAAAGACGAGAAAUUACCUCCAUUGUGGAUGUUUCUAAAAUAUUUGGCCGUAACGAGUACAAUGAUGAUCCACUGAACAACCUAUUAGGCGUGGGUAGUCGACAAGAAAGCAAUCCUCUUGUCAUCUCCUUAGUGGGUGUAGGUGGUAUAGGAAAAUCAACCGUUGCCAAACUCGCCUAUAAUCAUCCAAAAGUAAAAGAUUAUUUUCAGAAAAUAAUAUGGGUCUGUAUUUCUGAUCCUUUCGAUCAGUGCAAGGUUGCCAAAGCAAUCAUCCAGGAGCUUGCCCCUACACAUGAAUCCCUCAAUAAUACCACUACUACAUUGCAAGCUCUAUUGUGUAUAGUUUGUGAUUUCAUUAAGGACAAAAAGUUCUUUCUUGUCUUUGAUGAUGUGUGGGCUAAAGAUGUCCCUAAAGAGUCUGAAAAGUGGGAGCCUUUCAAAGAUGCUCUCACACAUGGUGCCCAAGGUAGUAGAAUUCUAGUCACCACACGUAAUGAGGAUGUUGCGCACAUGAUGGGGAGCACCAAAACCCACAUAAUCAACUUAGGGAAUUUAUCUGUUGAUGAUUGUUGGUUGAUUAUUAGGAAAAUAGCAUUUAAUGAUGAAAAUAUAGAUCAACAUAAGGAUCUUGAACCCCUAGGUAGAAAACUAGCAAAUAAAUGCCAUGGCUUGCCGCUUGCUGCAAAGCUUAUAGGGGGUUACAUGUGCAACAAGAGAAGAAAAGAACAGUGGGAGAAGGUUUUGGAAAAUAGUUUGUGGGAUUUAGAAGAUGUUGAAAAAGGUCUUUUGGGACCAUUGUUGUUGAGUUAUUAUGAAUUGUCCUUAGCAGAGAAAAAAUGUUUCUUAUUUUGUGCUGUCUUCCCAAAAGAUUAUAAAAUUAAUAGAUUUGAGUUAAUUAUCCAUUGGAUGGCACAAGGAUAUAUUGAUAUUGACUCAAAACGAAAUAUGGAGAUGGAAGACAUGGCGGAAGAGUACUUUCAAAAAUUAGCCAUGCGCUCUUUUUUCCAAGAUUUUGGGGAAAAUGAGAUUGAUGGUAGAAUUGAAAGUUGCAAAAUGCAUGAUAUUGUGCAUGACUUUGCACAGACAAUGACAAAAGAUGUAUGCUUCACAAUUGAAGGUGAUAAAGAGGUUAAGAUAGACUUUAAAAGGGCUCGACAGUUGUCAUUAAUAGUUGAAGGAACAUUUCCAGAGUCUGUCUAUGAAGCGAAAAAUCUACGCUUUCUCAAUUUAAAGUCAUGGUCUUCUCAGAUUGUGCAACCCAAGUUACUCGACAAUUUGACAUGCUUACGUACACUACAUUGGAAACGUGUACCCUCUUUGGAACUUCUAAAUGGGGUGGAAAAAUUGAUACAUUUAAGAUAUCUCAAGUUAGAUUCCUUUGAUAUGGAAGAAUUGCCUGAAAGUAUAUGUAAUUUAUGUAAUUUACAAAUUUUGGAUGUUAGUGAGUGGUGGUCACUUAGGAAAUUAUCCCAGGGAAUAAGUAAACUAAUUAAUUUAAGACACCUCCACCUCGCGGCUGAUCCACAACUUGAUUAUAGUGUAAUAACAUCAUUUCCGAAGGGAAUUGGGAGAUUAACUUGUCUUAAAACAUUAAAACACUUUCCUAUAGAUGGUAAGGGCGAAGAAAUAUGUAAACUGGGAGAAUUAGAACAUUUGAACCACAUUCAAGGGACACUUAAUAUAUAUGGGUUGAAAAAUGUGGUAGAUUUUGGUGCGAUCGAGAAUACAUUGAAGAAGAAGGACCACCUCCGUGAUUUGUGCCUAUUCUUUUGCACAGUACAGGAAGAGGAAGAUGGAGAGGGAGAGGAAGAGACAGAUGAGGAAAGAAGAAGAAGAAUGGAGAAUGAUGUAGCACUUCUAAAUGCCUUAAAGCCACCUCUAUACUUGGAAUCUUUAAAAAUUCGUUAUUAUAAGGGCAUCACAGUGUAUCCUAAUUGGAUGAUGUCCAAAUUGACCAAUUUGAAAAGGCUUACUCUUUAUGAUUGCCCAAACCUAGAGCGUUUGCCUCCUCUGGGGAAGCUGCCGCUACUCGAAGAAUUACAUAUAUCUUACACAACAAAUAUUCGAAAGGUGGGAGAUGAAUUUUUGGGAAUAGGCAUAGAAGAAGAAGAAUUAUCAGAAUCAUCCAAAAACAAUAACAACAAAGACAUCAUCAUAUCCCCAAACCUUAAAUUUCUCGAAUUUGUAGAAUUGGACGAGUGGGAAGAAUGGAGUGGGAUGGGAGGAACAAUAGAAGAAGAAGAAGAAGAAAAAGAUAAUAGUGCUAAUGCUUUUGUUACUAAUAAUACUCCAAAAAUUCAAAUAAUGCCACUUCUUCAUUCCUUGACAAUUUGGCAUUGCGGCAAUCUAAAGUCUCUGCCAGACUACCUGCGUAAUACUCCAUUGAAGAAAUUACAAAUAUGGGGAGAAGGGAUAGGAGAUUACUGGCCCAACUUUUCUCACAUUCCAAACAUCAGAAUUAAUUAUGAAUAUGUGCAAAAAGACGGUCAACUUCGAGACAGACAGCAUUGAUUGAUUCAGAGUAUGGAAUAAACAUUUGAUUCCGCUGACUCUCCCCGAAGCCGCAAACGCCGAAGACUCCGAUGAAGACGACUCCUCCAUUCGCACCUUCACCACAGCUCGCCUCGACGCCGCCUAUGCGGGUGGAGGCUCCGGCUCGCAACACGAAGAUCAAGACGGAGAAUCUGAGCUCCUCCGCCACGGUUAAGAUCGAGAAUUCGGAUGGCACGAAGGACGGUGGGGCCCAGGGGACGAAGAUCUUCACUAAGAACAUUCAGACCAGUGGAGCUUUAUAGCGCCAGAAAAGAAAGUUUGAAGAGAGAGUACAGGGCAGUUGACAUGCACAGAAGAAGACAGAUACAUUAUGAUGAGACUGGGUGUUGAAGAAGACAAUGAAUGAGGAGGCAUGCAUGUGGAUUGAUGAUGAUCAAGAUAAUGAAUCUAGGCAAGAAAUCAAUGACAAAGAUUAUCUGGUUAAAGUAUACAAGAUUGAGGACAUUAGUGAUGAAGAAGAUGGGGACUAAGGAUAAGGACUUAUCAAAAAAGAAGAUUAGACUAAGUAUAAGAAGGUUUUUUGCGGAGCUGAACAGAAUAGGGCGAUUGACAUACAUAGAAGAAGACAGAGACUUUAAAGACGAACGAUGAGGAAAUUAGGAGGUGUGGGCUUAUAGUUGCAGCGGUAGGAAUACUGAAGACAAUUGAUGAUGGCAUUCCAGUACUCCUCGAGGCAUACACAACUCUAAAAUUUGAUGGUCAUGUAUAUCUCCUAAUACAAAACCAUGAUUUGAUAUUGAGGCUCUUAUAUUGGAUAUCAUCCUCUUCCUAGUGUAGGUUAUAAAUUAUCCUUUGGUUGCGACACUACUGUUUGGAGGCUCAAGAAAUAAUUCAUGCAACCCAUGUUCAAUCGUAAUGUAUUAAGAAUGAUACCUGUGUUGUCAAGUUAAUGGGCUGCUACAGUGGCAUGGAUGUAGAUUAAUGAUGAUCAAGACAGUGAAUCCAAGCAAGAAAUCUAUGACAAAGAUUAGGUGGUUGAGGUAUACAAGAUUGAGAAUUGCAGUGAUUAAGAAGAUGGGACUAAGCAUAACGACUUAUCAACUGGACCAAGUAUAAUGACUAAGCAUAAGGACCUAUCAAUUGGACUAAGUAUAAGGUGGAUGAAGAAGUGGAAGUAGACAAUGAUGAAAGCAUGAUUUGCGAAGCUGAACAGUACAGGGCGAUUGACAUACACAAAAGAAGACAGAUACAUAUUAUGGGACAGGGUAGUAAGAGCAGGGUGUUGAAGUAGACAGAGACUUUAAAAAGACGAAAUGAUGAGGGAUCAUAAAUUUUAGAUACAAGUGGAGUUUUUUUGAAUGAUGAUAGUGAGAGAGAAGAGGGAUCUAAAGCCUCUAUUAAUUCUCCCUUUUGCAACAUUUCUUUGACUAUUGCCUCAGAACCUGAAGGAUCACUCCUUCUCUUGCCACUCUUUAGGGAUAUUAGGAGGUGUGGGCUUACAGUUGCAGUGGUUGGAUAUCGAACACAAUUGAUGAUGACAUUCCAGUACUCCUCAAGGCGUACACAAUUGUAAAAUUUGAUGGCAACAUUUUUUUUUUUUUUUUGAUAAGUAAGAAAAAAUUUAUUGAACAAGGCCACUUCAAUUAACAAAAAACCAUGAUUUGAUAUUGAAACUCUCUUAUUGGACCCUCUUCCUAGUUUAGGUUAUUAAUUAUCCUUUGGUUCUAGCACUACUGUCAGGAAGCUCAAUAAAGUGGUCAUACACCCCAUGUUCAAUCACAAAGCAUUAAGAAUGGUAUCAUUGCCGUCAAGUUAAUGGGCCGCAACACUGGAAAUUUGGAGGACUACUAUUAAAAUUGUUGUGGCUCGAUUUCCUAAAAUCAUUGACAAUGCCACAUCAAUUAGAACUCCUGUACUCUCUAUGCUUUAAUUGAUUUGUUAACUGCAAGUCAAAUCUAACUCAUCUGAAUAUAAUCUCAAUCUGGUAUUAAAAACAGCAUAACACUAGAAGAUACAAUCAAGGUCAAUCUCAAAGAAAACAACCCAUUUGGCUGGUCAUGGAUUCAGCUGUGGAAAGAAAUAAGCAUGAGCCUGAAUCUUCCAGUCCAAAAGGAAAGUUAUGAGAGAUUGACUCUCAAAAUAUGACAUUGCGCUUCUAAUCCCCUACUCCUUUGCAAAUCUGCCUCCAACAAAUGCGUGUGCAAAACUCCACUCAAACUUCAUGCAAGGUUGAUAGAAGAUGCCCAUAGAAACUGACAAUGGCAAACAGAAUGGCGAGGCAACUAUACCAGAUGCUUGGAUGUGGCAAAUCAAAGAUCAGCUCAUCAGAGCUUAUUUAUUUCUCCCUGCCAAAAGAAACAAUACCCACAUAUAAAGGAAGUUUGGCAAGAACUUGGGGAUAUAAGCAAAGAUCCUAAAUAGCCAAUGAAAUCACAAAUGAGGAUCAUCAAGCUAGUUGCACAAAGUUAUAAGCAUGGAAAAUGGUGUUGUGCACUAUGGUGUUGAGCUUUAUGGCAACGAUAACUUCAAAAAUUGGGUUUUAGUUUCAUCAUUUGAAGCCUUAAUGUCCCCGUUUCCUCCUCAUCAUUAGGCAUUCAUUGAAGUUUAAAUCUAUUGCAGAAGCACAGUUUUAUAUUGGUGAAAAUUUUUGAGCAAGGAUGCACCUCAGAUAGCCAUGUCUUACAUUCUGGUGCAAGAUAUAUUUGCAUGUCAUGGACGUGAAGAAGAAAUAAGGUCAACCAGUGACACAUGGAUGUCAAGAAGAAAUAAGGUCAACCAGUGACACAUGAAUUGGAAACUAGGCAAUUGGCGUUAUGCGUAUCUCUGCUAUUUGCAAGUAAUGCCUUCAUUUCUUGGCUAACUGUUAUGAUAAACUUCCCACUCCUGACUUGAAAGAAGAAACACUACUACCUGCACUGCACUGCACGGUGGGAUUCUGCUUUUGGACUUGUUGGCAGUGACGAGGAGGGAGCAAGGAAUGCAGAGAAAUUCUGAUGGAAAUUUGGAGGACUACCCCUAAAGUUUUUUUGGCUGGACUUCCUAAAAUCAUUGACAAUUGUCACAUUAAUUGGAACUCUGAUCAAAGACAGAUCCUCUGGAUUUUACAAAUAGCAUAAGCCUAGCAGAUUAACACAAAAAACUUGCAAUGGAUGAUGAAGAAAGAUCAAGAUCAAUCUCAAAGAGAAAACCCCAUCUGGGUGGUCAAGGAUUUAGCUGUAGAGAGAAAUAAGCAUGAACCUGAAACUACAAGUCAAAAAGGAAAAUGGGGACAACAAGGCUGACCAGUUAUCAGACAAUGACUCUCACAAUAUGAUGUUGGGCUUCUGAUCCCCUACCUUGCAAAUUUGACUCCAAGAAAUAAUGUGUGUGCAAAACCACACUCAAACUUUAUGCAAGGUUGAUAGAAAGAGCCCAUAGAAACUGAUAAUGGCAAAUAGAAUGGCGAGGCAGCUAUACCAGAUGCUUGGGUGUGGCAAAUUAAAGAUCCAAUCAUCAGGGCUUCUUUAUUUCUCCCAGCCAGAAGAAACAAUCCCCACAUUACAAGGAAUUUUGGAAAGAACAUGGGGAUAUGUACAAAGAUUCUAAACUGCCAACGAAUCUCAAAUCACAGAUGAGGAUCAUUAAGCUAGUCACACAAAGUUAUAAGCAUGGAAAAUGGUGUCGUGCAAUAUGGUGGUGAGUUUUAUAGUGAUGACGACUUGAAAAGUUGGGCUUUGGUUUCAUCAUUUGAAGCCUUAACGUCUUCGUUUCCUCCUCAUCAUCAGGCAAACAUUGAAGUUCAUUGCCCAUAGUGUUUGCUGAGAUUGUCCACAGGCAACCACUUAUUUGCAAAGUACCUGAAAUUGAACUAUAUGAAACUUUGGGGUUUUGGUAUCGCAUAUCUCAUCUAAUACAGUUAAAACCUAUUGGAGUAGCACAAUUUUAUAUUGGUGAAAAUUGUUCAGCAAGGAUGCACCUCAGAUAGUCAUGUCUUACAUUCUGUUGCAAGAUAUAUUUGAUAAGCUUCAUUGGUUGCAAAGCUUCAUAUGUUAGAAUGACAAAGCUCCCUUCCUCUCUGCCCUAUAUCAUUUACCUUGUCUAUAAAUUUUUAUACAAAGUUCAUAGAUGCAACCAUGCUGAGCGAUGAGGCUCCAUUCAAAUUCGUGAAUGUAGCAUGUCAUGUAUGUCAAGAAGAAAUGAGGUCAACCAGUGACACAUGAAUUGGAAUUGGCAUUAUGCAUAUCUGUGAGAGAAGUGCUAGUGUGUUAAUAAUGUUCAAUCAGCCAGUGGUAUAUGAAUGCUUUAGUUCAUCAUUCCUGGGUGAUUCUCCAAACAAUUUGGGAGGCUCUUAGCUAUCUGAUGACACGACGCAUUGAAUCAGCCAUUAUUCUUAUUGGUACUUGAGCUGUUGGCACCUUAUUAGAGUCGGGUCAGUGUAAGGCAAGCAGGGAGCUGUGCACUGUGACGAAGGAUCUUGGCACACCUACCCUUCAGAGUUCUCACAUUUUUUUCUGGUUCAUCGUCAAGCUUUGAAGCUGGCCAGCUUGCUGAUUGUGUAGCCACAUCUCUUAUACUCAUGGCCUGCCUAACCAUUAGUAUUGCAUAACUGCAUUUUACAAACAUUGAGGAUUGAAGUAGUAAAGCAGCACAUCAAAAUUUAUAGAGGAAAAUCUAAUUAGGGAUUGUACAUUGUAUUUACAUUUUUUAUGCCAUUCUCAUACAAUUUUUAAAGUAUUUUUUGUGGGUAUCAUUUUCAUACCUAAGAUACAUUAUAUUUCUACAAAAUUUAUCGCAACAUGAAGAGUGAUAUUGAUCUACA